AUGGCGGGCGCUGCUUCCCGCGUGCACUACUUGACGGACUUCUGCUGCCCGCUGGGGGGUCCGGCGGCGGGCAGGCCCCGCGUGCUGUGCCACGAGCCGGAGGUCUUCCUGUCCACCGGGCGCGAGUUCGUCUACGUGUACGACCAGGAGGGCGGGCAACUGACGGCGGUGUUCCAGUUCCCCGACCAGGUGUGGCACCUGCAGCUCCUGGCCCCCCGCCGGGCGCUCUACGUCCUGUGUGCCCGGACCGGACUCUACUGCCUGGCGCUGGACUCCCUGAGCAGGUCUCUGAGCCAGGCCUCUGAGGACAAAGAGGAUGAGGAUCUUCCUUCCCCUGUGAUCCCUGUGGACCCAGAUGCCUGUGUGCUCCCUGAUGCCACACUCUGUGCCUUCACUGUGGUGGAGGACAUGCUUAUCACCCUGGUGCAGGGCCCCACCCAGUGGAAGAUGCAGCUAUUUGAGCGUCCCUGUCCAGGAGAGGAGCCCCGGCCCGAAGGCCAGAUUGGUGAGGUGGAGUUGUCCACCUGCACACCCCCAGGUGGGGUCCCAGGGAAGUCUGCAGCCCCCUGCUUCCUGCCAGUGCUGUGCUGUGUGUUGCCACCAGGCUCCCGGGCACUUCACGGCCAACCCCAGGGCUUCGAAUGCUUCAUGUUGGAGGAGGCUCUGUUUGGUUUGCUCUUUGGAGCUGAUGCUACUCUCUUGCAGUCAGCUGUGAUCCUCUGUGGUCUCCCUGAUGGCCAACUUUGCUGUGUUGUCCUGAGGGCCUUGGUCACUUCCAGGUCAGCCCCUGGUGACCCAAAGGCCUUGGUCAAGAUCCUCCAUCACCUGGAGGAACCUGUGGUCUUCAUUGGGGCAUUGAGGACAGAGCCACAGCCUGAGGAAGCUGCAGGAGGGUUGCUGCCUGGUGAGGAUGUGCACUCUGAUUGCCUGGUGGCCCUUGGCCACCAGGGCCGGACACUGGCCAUCAAGGCCAGCUGGAACAACUCAGGGAAUCUGGUACCAGAACUUCGAGAAUACUGCCUUCCGGGACCUGUGCUCUGUGCUGUCUGUGAUGGGGAUGGCCACAUGUACCACAGCACACCCUCAGACCUCUGUGUGGUAGACCUGACUCGGAAUGGCAUCUCCUGGAACCUGGAGAAACCUGACCAGGCCAUAGGAGGUCUUCCGUCCACGCUGUGCCCAGACAGCUUGAACAUCUGCAGUGUCGUCACUCUCUGUGUGUCAUCAAGGGCACCUACAGGUGGUACUGAGCUCCUGGCCCUGUCUGCCAAAGGCCGCCUGAUCACCUGCAGUCUGGACUUGAACUCAGAGGAGCCUGGUCCUGCCAGAAUGACCAUGGCAAAUGCAGGCCAGAAAAUUAAGGAGCUGCUCCUGGACAUUGGCGAUGUCUCUGAGAGAGUGUCCUUUCUGAAGAAAGCCGUGGACCAGCGCAACAAGGCCCUAACAAGUCUCAAUGAAGCCAUGAAUGUGAGCUGUGCCCUGCUGUCCAGGCAGGAGGGCGCCCGGCCCAUCUCGUGCACCACCACCAUCGCCUGGAGCCGCCUGGAGCUGCGGGACGUGCUGAUGGCCACCUGCGUGCUGGAGAAUGGCAGCAGCUUCAGCCUGGAUCAGGGCUGGACCUUGUACAUUAAGGUGCUUACUAGCUCCUCUGCCUUGGACCUGGAUGGGGCUGGCUCAACUUUCACCUACACCAUACCAGUGGACAGACUCAGCCCAGGCAGUCGGCGGGAGGUGACGCUGCCCCUGGGCCCUAGCGAGAGCGGCGUGCUUGACCUGCCAGUGACCGUGUCCUGCUGGCUCUUCUACAGUCUCAGGGAGGUGGUGAGUGGGGCCUUAGCCCCCUCCGACCCCCUAGAGAUCCCCUAUCUGGAAGAGUACCCCCUUAACCUUCCCAAGCAGGAGGUUGUUUGUCUGCCCCUGUGUAAGCGCACAGUGGACAUGCUGCAGUGCCUGCGCUUUCCCAGCCUGGCCUCAUCACCCGCACAAGCGUCCUGCCUGCCUGGCCCUGUCCGUGAGCAUGUGGAAACCUUCCUGGAGACCUGCCAAGCCCCUCACAGUGAUCUAGCUGGCCCAGCCUCCCUGCGGGCCAAAUACCUGCCCCCAUCCACAGCCUCCAUCAGGGUGUCAGCGGAGCUGCUCAGGGCUUCCCUGGAGGACGGUCACUCAGGCUUCUCCCUGUGCAGCGCCACCUUGCAGUGGCUCCUUGCUGAGAAUGUGGCUGUAGACGUUGUGAGGGCCAGCGCUCUAUCUUCCAUCCAGGGAGUUGCUCCAGAUGGCACUGACUUUCACCUCAUUGUCCGUGAGGUGGCUGUGACUGAUCUGAGCCCCGCAGGGCCCAUCCAGGCUGUGGAGAUCCAAGUGGAGAGCUCCUCUCUAGCUGACAUGUGCAGGGCACACCAUGCCAUCAUCAGACGCAUGCAGACAAUGAUCACAGAGCAAGCAGCCCAUGGAUCCAGCCCACCUGAUCUCCGCAUGCAGUAUCUCCAUCAGAUCCACGCCAACCACCAGGCCUUGCUUCGUGAGGUGCAGACACUGCGUGACCAGCUGUGCACAGAGGACGAGGUCAGCUCCUACACUGCAGCCCAGAAGCUCCUGCAAGUGUACAAACAGUUGCGCAACCCUAGCCUUGUCUUGUUGUGACCAGCUGCUGGCCAGCUCCAGGUCACUACUGGACAUGCCUCCUGCCAGUGUGUUGGGGUUUUUCUGGCAGUGCCCCUCCACUGGAACCUCUGCACCCCAGAUGGGAAGCAUCAUUGUCCAAGUAGGCGGGCCGUGGACACAUGGUUUCUGGGGUCUGGUCUUGUGGGUUUGGACUUACUGCUGAUCCCCCCCACACACAUCCCAGGAGUGCUCACUGCAACCAAAGCACAAAGACUGGCUCAGGCUGCCUCCAGCACUGUGCUGUUUUUUGGGUCACCUGUGGGCGGGGCAGCCCCAUGUUCCAGCCUCCUUUCUCCGCUGGGCAGUGCCUGGCUGCUGGUGCUGAUUUCACUAUGGGAGAGGCGCAUGUGUGGACUUUGUGGAGUUUUGUGUCCACUCCUGUUGAGUUCUGAGAGGUGCUGGGUUGACAAGCUACCCUUUGCACUAA